CCUGCCCACAGUUUAAUCUGAUUGGUCGGCUUAAAGUCGAUCACCUGACCACUUUCUUUUAAACAACUCCACCGCUGACGUGAAGUCGAGGAACUUUUUAUAUAUGAAGAAACUGAUCCGGAUAAUUUUAAGAGACGCACAGUAUUUUUUUAGUUGCUCAAUACAUUUUGCUUUGUUGUUGUUGUCCCUGGCAGCGAUGAGUAAACUAAUCCCAGCUCAAGAAGCAGCCAAGAUCUACCACACCAACUAUGUGAGAAACGCCAGAGCCAUCGGUGUGCUCUGGAUCAUCUUCACCAUCUGCUUUGCCAUCAUCACCAUGGUGGUGUUCAUUCAGCCCUACUGGAUCGGGGACAGUGUGGACACCCCGCAGUCUGGAUACUUCGGUCUGUUCCACUACUGCAUCGGAAACCCCAUCACAGGAGAGCUGGUGUGUAAAGGAAGCGCUCUGGAUUUCGGAUCCAUUCCUUCUGGAGCCUUUAAGACGGCCAUGUUCUUCGUGGGGAUUUCAUUCCUGCUGGUUGUGGGCACCAUCGGAUGCUUCGGGCUCUUCUUCUUCUGUAACGCCGGCAGUGUGUAUAAGAUCUGUGCGUGGAUACAGCUGGCCGCCGCUACCUGUAUGGUCAUAGGCUGUAUGAUCUACCCAGACGGCUGGGACUCGGAGGAGGUGAAGCGCAUGUGUGGACAGCGCACGGAUAAGUACACGCUGGGGAACUGCACGGUGCGCUGGGCUUACAUCCUGGCCAUCAUCAGCAUCAUGGACUCCCUCGUCCUCUCCUUCCUUGCCUUUGUACUGGGCAACCGACAGGACAAGCUGCUGCCAGAGGACUUCCAGGUGGGGGAGAACACAGGUAAGAUGACAAAACAAGCAUGA